CAAGCCCACGUCCCACCGUAUGAAAACAAAACAACGGCAACGGCUCUUUAAUCUGAACCGAAACAAACUGCCGUAUGAAUUAGACCGAAACCGAAACGCCCUGAUAACUUUUUGUUUUCCUCAAAUUAUGUCUAGCGUAUGCGAGGUCUUCGAGGCGCUUUCUGUUCAGUCAGAAUCAAUGUGUUGGUGAACAUUCGUCUAAUCGAAAGUUUCUCUUUGCAGUAAUAAUUAUUUACUGAUAUCAACUCUGAUGGAACAGUUAGAGUUUUAAAUAGCAACUGAUUAACUGACUCGUUCAUUGAGUUAGUCAGCUAUUCUCGUUAAACUGUUUUUAUAAUGUCAACUUUGAGGACAGGAUCUGCAAAUCCUGACGGAGCAUUACGACGCUCUCACCGUCUGAACACUGGACAACCGACAAAACAGCCUACCAAACCCUCUGCAGCUUUAUUGGCAGCCAAAAGGAAGGCUAAACAGCGUAGUAUGAACAAGAAACCAAAUGAUAUUGUUAGAGACAUCUAUCAGAAUGCAAUGGAUGCAAAGGUCAUGUCUCUUCAACCAACUGGCCUGGUUUAUGACAGACGAAUGGCUGAACAUCGUUGUCUGUGGGAUUCAACUUACCCGGAAUGCCCUGAGCGCUUAACCAGAGUUCUUGAAAGGUGUGAAGAACUUGGUCUUUUAAAGCACUGCAAAGAAAUUCCAGUCCGAGAAGCUACAGAAACAGAGCUUCUUGCCAAACAUACCCCAGAGCAGAUUGAAAUUUUAAAGGCAACUGAAAAUGUAACAGAGGAAGAUUACCUUGAAAAGCUUUCCUCUAAAUAUGAUGCAAUUUACAUACACCCGAGUACUUAUCGUCUCUCCCUGCUGGCUGCUGGGAGUACCAUAGAACUGGUGGAAAAUAUUUGCAAAGGUUCAGUCCAUAAUGGAAUGGCAAUAAUAAGACCACCAGGUCAUCAUGCCAUGAAAAGUGAAUACUGUGGAUACUGCUUUUUCAACAAUGUGGCUGUAGCUGCCAACCAUGCCCUUGAAAAUUUGGGUCUCUCUCGCAUUUUAAUUAUUGAUUGGGAUGUUCAUCACGGCCAAGCCACUCAGCAAAUGUUCUAUGAUGAUCCUAGAGUUGUCUACUUUUCAAUUCAUCGUUAUGAGCAUGGAACAUUUUGGCCAAAUCUUCGAGAAAGUGAUUUUGACUAUGUGGGAAAAGGGAAGGGAGCUGGAUUUAACUUUAAUGUGCCUUUGAAUGCCACUGGUAUGGCUGAUGCUGAUUAUUUAGCUAUCUUUCAGCAGGUGCUACUUCCCAUGGCUUGUGAGUUUCAGCCAGAACUUAUUAUAGUCUCAGCAGGAUAUGAUGCUGCAAUCGGAUGUCCUGAGGGAGAGAUGGAAGUUACACCAGCUUUUUAUGCUCAUUUAAUCAACAGCCUGUCUGCUCUUUCAAAUGGAAAGUUGGCUGUAGUUCUUGAGGGUGGCUAUUGUCUUCGCUCCUUAGCAGAAGGAGCUGCCCUGACUCUGCGAGCCCUACUGGGGCAUCCGACCCCACAACUUCCACCAAUGGACCCUCCAUGUGAUGUUAUACGUAACACUAUAUUAGAUGUCAUCUACUCUCACCGUUCACAUUGGGACUGCUUCAAAAUGCAAGACACAUGGUCGCUAGCAGAGCAAGAAAAUAAGGAGCCAGAAACUUCUCUCCAAGCCCGACACAUACCCAGAGCUAUUUUCUUUGGUCCAAAUGGACCUCCUCCCACAUCCUUUGAGACAAGGAACUGCUAUCCUGUUCAAAGCUCUGUAUUCUUGAUGUCUGUAGCAUCAAAGUUGAAUAGCUUAAUAUCAAGUACAAAGCUUUAUCAGCCGCCUCACAAGAUGUGUGUGGUCUAUGAUUCCCGCAUGCUGAAACAUUUCAAUAGGAAUGAAGAGUCUCAUCCAGAAAGACCUGAAAGGGUUUCAAGUAUUCAAACUAUGCUUGAGGAUUAUGGAUUGCUGCAGAGAAGCCACAUCCUCCCACCUCGCGUGGCCACAGAAGAAGAGCUUCUGAUGGUACACACACAAAGUCACAUAACAGCAAUGCAAUCUUUGGCCAAUGAAUCUCAAGAGGAAAUGAAUAAACAACAAGAAAAACUUCAUUCAGUAUACCUUCAUAACAAUUCCUAUGAAUCUGCAUCUGUUGCUGCUGGGUGUGUGCUUCAGGUUGUGGAUUCUGUAUUGACUGGGGAAAGUGCAACUGGAGUAGCUGUGGUCCGACCUCCAGGACACCAUGCUGAGUCUGAUAAGGCCUGUGGCUUUUGUGUAUUCAACAAUGUUUCACUUGCUGCAAAGUAUGCAAUUGAAAAGCAUGGCCUCUCCAGGGUUCUUUUGGUGGAUUGGGAUGUGCACCAUGGUAAUGGUACUCAACACAUUUUUGAAUCGGAUCCACGUGUUCUCUAUAUUUCACUUCAUCGCUAUGACAAUGGCAACUUCUUUCCUGGCUCUUUGGAUGCUGGUCAUGACCGCGUUGGAACUGGGAAGGGUGAAGGGUUCAAUGUCAACAUACCUUGGAAUAAGAAAGGAAUGAGUGAUGGUGACUAUGUAGCUGCAUUCCACCAAAUUGUUCUACCCAUUGCAUACCAAUUCAACCCUGAAUUGGUCUUGGUCUCGGCUGGAUUUGAUGCAGCAGUAGGGGACCCUCUUGGCGGCUGCAAAGUUUCUCCUGAAUGCUAUGGUCACCUUACGCACUGGCUCAAGGCUUUAGCUGGUGGCCGUGUGGUUCUUUGCCUAGAAGGUGGAUACAAUUUGAAUUCUAUAUCCUAUGCUAUGACAAUGUGUUCAAAGGCACUAUUGGGCGAUCCCCUUCCCAUGCUGGAACAAGGAUCAGUUGCAAGUGUGAACGGAGUGCAAAGCAUACGUACUGUUGUUGCCACUCAGCAAAAAUAUUGGCCAUGUUUAAAAUUCCAGGUCGCUCUGCCGCUAGAGGAUGAUAUACUCUCCUCUCAAGAAAGUUCUGAGGAUCUUACAAGGAUGCUAGCUAAGGUUCAAUUGACUGAGAGAGAAAUUUCAAUGAAUCAUCAUAAAGACCAUGACGCAAGCACCACCAAAACUACCACAGCUGCAAACUACACCCCGAUGGUGGCAGCACCAGCACCUGACCACUCUAAAGCUGGUUCUUCAUCUGAUGCAAAUUCAUCUGCUGGAACAAGUGCCGGGGGAAGUGGUGAAGGAUCAUCCUUUGGCUCAGCCAGAGGUGGAGAUGGUAGCCGCCCAACACUUGUUGACUUUUUAUCAGAGAAUAUGCAAAUGCUUGCUGAAGAAAGAAUGUUCGCUGUUGUUCCGUUGUCUGACUGUCCACAUUUACCAAGCGUGGAACCUGUGCCUGAAAGAGGAAUUGACACAAAUGCACUUUGUGAAUCAUGCAGCAGUCCUCAAGAGAACUGGACUUGUCUUGUUUGUUACAAGGUUUUAUGCGGUCGGUAUGUCAAUGAACAUAUGUCUGGACAUGGCCAUGAAGUAGGGCAUCCUUUGACCCUUAGUUUCUCUGAUUUAUCGGUUUGGUGUUAUGAAUGUGAAGCUUACAUUGAUAAUGCGAUCUUGUAUGCGGCUAAAAAUGCAGCUCACCGAAGCAAAUUUGGAGAAGACUUACCAUGGAGCUAUGGAGAUCAGUGAUAAAAUUUCCUGUUCUGAUGAUGUCAAUACGCACUUCAUUUAAAUUUCCAAGUUUGGAUUAAGUAUUCAUCAAUCAUAUAGGUUGCAUGUUCUGAGACUGGGAUGCUUGCCUACAUUUUAUUUUCUUGGCUUCCCUUUGUAAUCACAUCAGUGUUGUCCCUCAUUCUACAGCAACUGUAGAUUUAAAUACAUGUGGUGAACUAAUUUCAUAAUUUCUGCAACCCUUGUUUUUAAAAAAGUAACCUGGUAUUAUAUUUGUGACUCAAUCAAAUUGACUCUGUAUAGUCCAGUAACAUAUUUUUGGAUUUAUCACAUCAAGUUUUCUUUAAGUUGUUGUCUAUAAGUCAUUAAUUUAAUCAACAUUAUAGCUAGUCUUAAAGCUCAGCAAGCGAUUUAACUGCAUGGUACAAUUACAAGGUAUUAAUCAUGUUCCUUUCAUUUUAAUAAACAAAAACAAACAGUCCUGUUUAAUUUUUACGUUAAUUCCCGAACGUAUUUCUGUUGUUUCUGAAAGACUAAUAUCUGUUUGUUUUUAGUGUUGUAGUUGUUUUUGUUUUAAAGAGAGCACUCAGGUGUUCAGGGUUUCCUUGUAUUUGCAAUCCCAAAUCUUGUAUGCUUGUUGAUACAUUGAUGUUGCAUUCAACAGAUUUUGCUUGCUAUUAUUUAUAAUCAAAAUAAUAUUUUGUCAAUAUGCUAUGCUUCAUUUCUGAUUUCAUGUCUCAUUUAAGGUUUCUGACAAAAGGAAAUUUUUUGUUGAGAUUUCCUAUUUUUUUUACAAUGUUAAUUUUCUGUGAGUUUGUCAAGCACAUCUUUCUAAUGUAUAAGACUCAUUUUUUGUUUUAGAUGUAAGAGAAUUAAUUAAUGACUCUGUGAUACUGAAAUUCAUCCAAAGCUGCUUCUAUUGUGAAUUGUAUUACUGACACUAUUUUUGCGGGACCAAGUUUGAUUAAUGAAUGAAUAAGUGAAAUAUUGUUCAAAGAACAGUAUUAAAUAUAAACCUAUUCUUUAAU